AUGUUCGGAAAAGAAGAAUGCGUUCUUGAAAGCCCUUCCCCUGCCUAUCUAGGCGCUGCUUAUUAUGGCGAGGACUGGAAACCAGGCCCAAUUGACGAGGGACAUGUCGCGACCAGACUGACUGAAGAUCGUAAAGCAGUCGUGAAAAGCAUAAUCCCGGGGAGGGUUCGUCCGAGGAAAGACUGCUGGGCAGUUAUCUUGUCAACGCCGCUGAAGAGCAAGAUCCUCUGGGCCGCGAUACUGGGCACAUUUGUUGGCAUUGUCGUCUACUGCAUCCUGACAUAUCCUAGCCAAAUGGCCAAAAAAAAGGAGUUGCAAGCCAAAUCCCGGUUACUGCAACAUGAAGCGUUGCGUCUCAACGCAACACUGAGCAACAUAACAAUGCCCAACUGUACAGCGUUGGUUGUGCUUCAGGUCGCUCCCAAUCUCGCUCGAUUCUGGGAGGAUUCGUCCACGGUUGUGCCGGCUACCACCGUAAUUCCGACUACUGUGGUGUCAGUUUCUAGGUCAGCUACUGCUGACGGGGAGGUGCAUGGCGGUUUCAUUACUCGGGUUCGCUCAGAGACUGACGGAGGUUCGACAACUCGAAUUCCCAAGUAUUAA